CAAACACAAUCUCCCUGCAUUUGAACACACCUCUGUAACGUCAGUCCUACGCUGUGCGCGUGACGUCACUGAGCAGCGAGUCCUCGAGGUGAAGCCGGUACUCGGAUCUGUGGAGGUGAAGUAACAGUUCAAACAAGAUGUCCAUCGUGUCAUUUGAUGAGUAUGAGGAGUCCAAGUUCCUCAGGAAAGCCAAGGAGAACCCGUUCGUCCCUAUUGGGAUGGCCGGUUUCUUUGCCAUUGUGGCACACAGACUGUAUAAGAUGAAGAGCAGGGGCAAUAUGAAGAUGUCCGUGCACCUGAUCCACAUGCGUGUGGCAGCGCAGGGCUUCGUGGUGGGAGCCAUGACUCUUGGUGUGGUGUACUCCAUGUAUAAGGACUACGUGUUGAAGCCGGCCGAAGCUCAGAGAGCGCUGGAACAGAAACAACAGGAAAUCAAGUGAACAGUGGAGUGUCACAUUAUUCUAAUUUUAGAGUAGUUCUUUUUUUUUUUUGCAUCCUGGUGUCCUGUAGAUACUUCACAUUCUUCUCAAGAUGCUAGGGUUAGGUUUAGAUAUUUAUCUUUAAAGAUAUAUAAUACACAGGGUUUGUAAUUUAUAUUUUAUAAUAUUUACAUUUCUAAAACCACGGGCCAGAACACACAGCAGUGUGGAAGUGGGAACAUAAUUUCCAACGUCCAUCUGAUGCUAACUUCAUUACAAGUGUCUGCCAAUGUCAGCUUGUAAUCUCUAAAAAACAGGCUAUGAUCUGCUUAAAUAUGUUAUUCAUCAAACCUUUAAAGAAUACGGUUCCUCACAGUGUUCAUUGAGUAAAGGAACCUUUAACAUGGUAACCUUUAAGGAUUCUGAUAUUAGAGAUGAACAAAAUCAUAGUUGCUCUGCAGGUUGUACAAGGUGUUCAAAAUGUGGUCUGUUGCCCAGCUGGUCUGUGGAGAUCACAAAAUAUGGGCAGAUAAAUAAUAUGCUAAUAGUUAUUGUUGUAAUAAUAAUCUAGUAUAACCAUGUGAUCAUAGUGAACGUUUUGGUACAGGACAUUAUCUAUGCUUUAUUUUUAGAAAAAAAGGGUUCUAAAGAACGGGUUCUUUCCACUUGGUGGUCCUUAAGGUUUCCCUGCAAUAAAACAAAUCAAUCAAAAAUUGAUGAACUGAUAAACAGGCUACAGAUGUUGUGCUAGAUAAAUGUUAAUAGGAGUGAUUACUGUAAAUGACUGGACAUGGACAGGCUGUGUCUGAUUUGCAUAGGCAUGCAUAUUUAAUUAGGAGGAAGUGGUAGAGAUGAUAUGUCGUUUCCUGAAUGUGCCUUGUUUCUCUGUGUGUGUGUGUGUGUGUGUGUGUGUGUGUGUGUGUGUGUGUGUGUGUGUGUGUGUGUGUGUGUGUGUGUUACCCCGGCUCUGCCUACCAAAAACCAGCGUCCGUCACUUUAAAGACUCAAGAACUUCAUUAGCAGCAAAACAUAACACAGUAACUGCUGGUCCGUCUUCAGUGUUCCUGAAUGUUUGUGUUACUAAGAUGAUUAUUUUUGCACUUUGUGUUUGUACAUCCUGUUGGUUUAUUAGAAGUUGUAUUUUUAUGUAAUAUAUGCUGAAAAAAACACACCAUUAAAUUAUGAUUGGAUAUCA